GCGCCGCGCGUGUUGAUGUGCAGCGCAUCCGUGGGCACCGAAGGAUCCGUCACUCUGCAACUGCGUGAUGCGAACGCAUUGGAGGCAGCAGCCACAAAGACAGCAACAGCAGCAGCAGCAGCAGCAGCAGCGGCAGCCACAUCGACGACGUCACCAAAUGGCGCUGCAAGUGCGUCAGCGUCGACGCUAGAGAAUGCGCUGACCAUCGGCUAUCCGGAUCCGGAAAUGUUGGCAGAUGUCUUGGGCACCAUUCAGACAGCCUCACUCAAGAACAACAACGCAAUCACAGCAGCAACUUCAAGCAAUAGCUCGACCAAGUCGACGAGCAGCAAUCAUCUGACAAAUCCCAACAAGAUAACCAUAACCAGGCGGAGUGUGCAGUCGGUCAGCACCUCGACGAAUAGCGGUAGCAUUAGUAGCUGCAGCAGCAGCAGCAGCAGCAGCAGCAGUAGCAGCAACAGUGGCAGUGGCAAAACCAACACCAGCUACAUAAAGAACUGCUUGAUCCGCAGCAGCAGCUGCAGCAACACGGUCACCAAUGUCACCACAUUGGCGCAGAUUAUGAGCAACAGCAGCACCAGCAGCGCGGCCAGUUUACUCAAUCAGCACAACAACAACAGCAACUGCAGCAACAGCAGCAACUUCAGUACCGCCUCCUCGGUGGGCAGCAGCAUCAGCGUUGGCAGCAACAGCAGCAGCAGCAACUGCAGCAACGGCAGCAACAGCAACAGCAACGACAGCAACAGCAGCAGCGGCGGCGGCCACAGAUUGAGUUUCAAGGGCACCGGACGGCAUGUACCCACGAGCGGAUUAGGUUCAUCGGCGGCAGCAACGAACACGAGCGGUGCCGCCAGCGGCAUUGGCGGCAUCAUAAGCGUCGAGGCGCCCCGCAAAAAUCGACCCAAAUUAUCCUCACCAACGCGUCACGGACCGCAGCAGUGUCAGAUUUGUUGCAAGAUCUUUGGAAAUGCCUCGGCGCUGGCCAAGCACAAACUGACGCACAGCGACGAGCGGAAAUACAUCUGUGCGCUCUGCUCGAAGGCAUUCAAGCGGCAAGAUCACUUAAACGGACACAUGAUGACUCAUCGGAACAAGAAGCCUUACGAGUGUAAGGCGGAUGGUUGCGGCAAAUCCUACUGCGAUGCCCGAUCAUUGAGGCGCCACUCGGAGAACCACCAUGCCGGCGGAGCAGCCACGCCCACCACCAGCCAAUCGCUAUCGCCCACCGCCAGUUCGAGCGGUACCAGCAAUAGUAGUGGUGCCGGCGUGGCCACCAGCUCCCUGAGUCUCUCCCCGGCCACGGCCAGCGGAGAUGCCAGCUCCCCGGACGGUGCCACCUGCAUUCGAACCUACAUUUCCACGGGCAGCUCGGUGGUGGACGCCGCCACCGGGAUCGCCCUGUCGGAGGAACAGAUCAAGGCGAUGAAUCUGCCGAUCAAAACGGGCGUGACCUUGCUGUCGCCCACCACCUCGACCUCAUCGAAUGCCUCGUCCUCGGCCUCGUCGGCCAGCUCAUCGCUUUCCUCGACGGGAUCGGGAUCGGGAUCUAUGUCGGGUUCGGGCUCGGGCUCGGGUUCGGGAUCGGUUUCCAUGGCCCCGUCACCGUCAAGUGGCUCGAUGAUAGCCGCCAGCUCGCCCACCAUCACGCUCAGCGAUGGGAUGAGUCUCGAGGGCGAGGGUCUCACGCGGGAACAGUUGGAUCUCAUCAGCAAGAUCAUGCAGCAAACGAAGCAGACGAGUGCCCAGGUCACCGUCUCCUCGCCCACCAGUGUCAGUUCCUACAAGAUCAACACCAACUCGUCGCCAUCGCAGAACAGACCGCGCACCUGGAACAUGCAAUUGCUAAAUAGUGCACAAAAUGUGACUGUCACAGUCGAGGACAACUCUGAGCUCGUUACCCCCUCCUCCAACUCGCCCGUGGAGGUCAAGGAGGAGGAGCUGAGCCCACAGCUGGUGGGCAACAUGAAUCCCCACCUGCUCAACAUCGUGAAGCUCGACAAGCCCGUUGAGUGCAAUCUCUGUCACCGUAAGUUCAAAAACAUACCCGCCCUCAAUGGGCACAUGCGCCUGCAUGGCGGCUACUACAAGAAGGAUCCGGAAACCAAGCGCAGCGAGAAGAAGGACUCCAGUGGUCCGCCCCUGCAGACGGCCAGCAUUGGAGUGCGCGCCCUCAUCGAGGAGAAGAUCAUCAGCAAGCGCAAGGACAUGACUAAGGGCUCCUUUGUGGUUCCGGCACCACCGCACAGCAGUGGCACCACCACCACCCUGCGUCGAUCGAUCAGCGACCUGGAGAGCUUCCUCAACCCGAAGACGAGCACCAGCAGUCACACCCAGACGAUGACCACCACUACGGGCACCACCACAGCGGUUCUCCCGGCGGCCACCACCAUCAAGAGCAGCAAUGGCCUCAGUAUCCAGCAGAUUGGCCUGCCGCAGAGCAUCGAGAUCUUCAGCGGCGGUCAGAAGCAGGCAAAGACGCUCAACCUGGGCAGUGGCACCAACACGAUCACGAUAACCACCAACAAUGUACCCACCACCACGACGAUGAGUGCUCUAACUGCGCUGAAGGCGGGUGGCACCAUCAGUGGCAUCUCUACCGCUACCAACACGGAUCCCAAGGACUCCACGCUCAUAGAGCUCCUGAAACGCGGCACUCGCAUUGCGGUCACUUCGAAAAAGAGCCAAUCCCAUGGGCACACAGGACCGAGUAUAAUGAUGACCUCCAGCGGAGCGGCUACAAAUGCAGUGGGUGCUAUCACCGAGUUGACCACCAUUGGUGGCGGUGGAGGAGUGCAGACAGUGGGCAGACAGAUCAUAACCAACAACAACCGCACCGUGAUCAUACCCUCCGAUGUCCAGGUGGUGUCCACCAAGAGCAAGCUGACCAGCUUGAGCAGUCUGGUCAAGAGCAAUAUGACCAGUGGUGGCACCUGCUCCUCGGGAAAUCUUUCGCUGGCCGAUGGCACGCCUCUCUCCCUGACAAUUGCGCCCAACCAGGAGGUCACCGGAGGUGGAGGCAACUCCAGCGGAUCGGGCAGUGUGAUCACGAGCGGGGGCGGUGGAGUCUACACGGUUACCUACACCAGUGAUGGCACCGAUCUCUUUGACGAUGCCGAGGUCUACAACGUUUCGGACACCGAGAUGCUGCUGCAGACGGUGGACUCCAUGGAGCUGCUCAACGAUGAGGAGAUCAAGAGCGAACAUUCCGAGGACUUUGCCCUGCUAAGCGAGGCCGGCGAUAGCGCGCACACCCAACUGGUGAAGCUGGAGCCGGAAAGUGGGCAGGCCAACUCCGGCUCGGGAAGCGUAUCCGGCGCCAACACCACGCCGUUGCCCACCUUCCAGCAAUUCCAUUCCAAGGAGCUGAUCAUGCAGAACAGUUCGCAGAUCCAGGCGAUAGCCAGCAUGCGUGGAGGUGGUGGUGGUGUCCUGGCCUCGCCGCUCCACUCGCCACUGGCCUAUCCCACUCCGCCAUCGAGCCACGAGAAUAUGGCCCAGAGUUCGCCGUUCAUCGAGGAUGCAGCUGCCCAGUUUGUGGAUGCCAGUAACACCUUCUUCGGCGACAAGACGGACUUCUCGCACAUCUACUUCAAAACGGAUGAGGGGGAGGCCACCAUUGAGCAGCUAAAUGAGCACGACAACGAGAAGAUCCUGAAGCUGAAGUCAGUGCUGGAGGAGAGCAGCUUCGAUCCCUCGAUCAAAGUGGAGGACCUGCUGAAUGGCACAGAUGAUGACACGGAGUGCGAUCUGCGGGAGUUUGCCGAGACUAAUCUGUCGUUUUUGGACGAGGAUCAGGAGUUCCUCAACGACUCGAGGAAUGCCACCUCUCCGCUCUCCGAAUCCUUCUUCACCAGCGGCAUUGGCUCCGCGGAGGAUGUGAAGCAGGUGUUGCGAGAAGUCCUGCCCGAUGAGAAUAUGCAACUGCAGUUGACCAGUGAGCAGCAGGGCGAGAACAUCAUCGAUCUCUACUAUCUGCCUGGCCUGGGCUUGCAGUCCCAGAUGAUGCCCAAUUCGGAGGACCCGCUGCUCUCCUCCUCACCCCGUGAGUUUGGCCAGCAAAGACAGCAGUUGGCCAUGCAGACCUCCAGCAUGCAACAGCCCAUGGAGCAGUCGCUUCUGGACAACAGCAACCUCUACCAGCAGCAGGAGCAGCAGCAACACGAGCAACAGCAGCAGCAACACACACAGCAGGAGCAGCCACCGCAACAGGAACAACAGCAGCAGCAACAGCAGCAACAGCAGCAGCAACAACAUCAACAGUUACUGCUGCCCCAGCAGCCACUCAAUCAAACGGAAUCCCUGCCGGCAGUGGGUCAGCAGCAGGGUGACUUCAUGCUGCCCCUGGUGGGUGGUCAUGGAUUCAGCCAAGUUACCAGCCAAACACAAUACAUUGACAACAGCCAGGGCGGCAUGGGGAUGCAGCCGCUCAACAGCCUGCUGCAACCACUGCUCUAUGGUGGGGUAACCACAUCCAAUGGCAAUGCCUCAGCCGGGGGCAACGAAUCUCUGCUCACCGCCGAUUGCCAAAUGAAUGCCAAUCAAGGCCAGAUCGAUACGGGCCUGAUGUUCGCCUGUGGCAACACGACAACCAUGGCCCACAAAUCCCUGGCGGCACUCGUGCCUAAUCCGCCGAGCGUGGCUAAUCUGCAGCCCUUGUCCAACCAAACCAAUUCCAUUCUGAAGCGCCGCCUGCGCUCCAAUGCGCCCCAGGAGACGCACAAGUUCUCCAAGUUCCACACUCUGUCCCCGCAUCGUUCCAAGCUGCGCAAGCCAUCACGGACCCACUAUACGCCCGCACCCAUCCUGAAUCCGGAUCGCAAGGGCACUGGGCUGUACUGCAAUGUGCGCAAGCAAAUGGGUCAGGGUCUGUUCGACGCCUUCGACGACGACUUCGGCGACUCGGUGGGCUUGGUGGACUUCUCGGAUGAGUCCAAGGUGAACUUGGGCUCCACCUACCAGGCGCAGAUACCCGGCUGUCGGCCGCUGGAGGAGGCUGCGCGUGACUCUCCGGGCGCCGAGAUGAUGUGGAACCCGGAGGUGCAGGAGGACGAAAAGAUCCUGAUGCGCUACAUUGAUCUCAGCAAGUCGUCGGCCGUGCCCAUGGGCAGUCAUUCCGAGGAGGUGGCGCUCCAAACGCUGCUUCGGGCCAAAGGAAACUCGGCGGCGGCUGUGCUCAGCCUACUCCAAACGCAGUCCGGCGCCUUCCAGAUGAAGUGGACCGCCUACGAGCUGGAGCAGUUCUUGCGGGGAUUGGAGAAGCAUGGCAAGGACUUUGGCAAGAUCGCCAGUGAGCUGCAGACAAAAUCCUCCGGCGAAUGUGUGCAGAUGUACUACUUUUGGAAGAAGCUGUGCGUGGACUACAAGGUGACGCACUUGAAGAUGGAGCCCGUGGUGGUGAUUGCACCCGCGGUGGAGAAGCCCUAUGUCUGCGAGAUCGCCGACUGUUCCGCGAGCUUCAGUUCGAAGGCGGCGCUGCACGGCCAUGUCCGCAUACACGCUUAUGGUCGCAAUGCCAGUAGCAACACCAGCAACAACAGCAGCAGCAGCAGCAACACCGGCACCAGCAGCAGCAUGCAACAUGCCGCUGCAAGCACUGGCAGCAGCGGCGGCAACAACAGCAGCAGCAGCAGCAGCUACGCCUGCGCAACACUGAGCAGCAGCAACAGCAGCAGCAACAUUGGCAGCAGCAAUGCCGCUGCAGCUGCAGCAGCGCACAGCAGCAACCUGGCUCAAAACGGCAGCAACUGCAGUGGGCAUGCGAAUGCAACAAUAGCAGCAUCUGCGCUUUCGACCACGCCCAAACUGGAGGCGGGCAUGGGCAAUACCACUAACAUACCCAUUGCCAAGGAGGGCGAGUUCCCCUGCAAGGUGUGCGGCAAAGUCUUCAAUAAGGUGAAGAGUCGCAGUGCGCACAUGAAGACGCACCGCGUCCAGGAGCCGGAUCAGAAGCACCAGCUGAACCACCAGGCGGGAGCUGGCCUGACCACCGUCGCCUCAUCAACCAUAACCGCACCAUCGUAGACACCGAACGACGAGGAAUGAACGACAUGGACAGGGAAUCCAUGGGGCGUAUAUUGGAAACAAACAAAAAUCGAUUGACAAUCGCAUUAAGCAA